AUGUCUCCUGCUGUGAAGAUCAAUCAGGAGCCAAACUUGGACAUUAGCUUUCAAGGUACGGGUUUCACUAUCCAACGCGGUCACCUAGAGGUUCAAAUUGAAGUUAACGAACGAUUAAUGACAGACUACCUUAUUCUGUCAAAACUGGUGUUUGACUGGGCUGAUUGUUAUGACCACAAGGACUGGGAUCGUCUUCGCACCAUCAUUGCGCCAACUCUGACGGUCGAUUACACAAAGAUUGGUCUGAAAAGAUGGGACAACAUGGCCGCCGAGGACUACAUGGCCAUGAUUGCACACCCCGGAUUCCUAGGUGAUCCGACCGUCAAGACGCAGCAUCUGCUCGGUCAGACCUGGUGGGAGAAGAUUUCGGACACCGAGGUGAUCGGACACCACCAGCUCCGCGCAGCCCACCAAGUCUAUACGAAUGAUGGACUCAAGGAAGUCAAGCUCCGUGGCCACGGACAUGCUUACAAUGAACACUACUAUCGCAAGGUGGAUGGGGUGUGGAAAUUCGCCGGGUUGAAGCCCGAGGUGGUGUUUAAUGAAAAGCGGUUCGAGGACGUAUUCAAGGGGCUGGAUUGA